AUGGAAAAGGAAAAGGGAGUGGAGGUGCUUCCCAUGUUUGAUCGGUCUCUGAACACUGAGCUAGCCAAGGGCCAGAUCGGCUUCAUCGACUUUGUGUCCGCCAAGUUUUUCAAUACCCUUGUGUCGAUGCUAUGCCACGACAUGCAAUGGUGUGUAGACCGUAUUAACAGCAACCGUAAGUCAUGGAAUGCCCUUCUGGAAGCAAAAUAA